UAUUGAUGAUACUGCGAGCUAGAUGUAGUCAUGUUUCAACUGUGUGUGUGUGUGUGUGUGUGCGCGAGUGUGGUCUGCUGACUGGCAUUACUGGGCAACUGGACAGCAUCAUGGUGUAUGGAAAGAGGAGGCGAGAGAGCAUCAGAGAGAGAGAGAGAGAGAGAGAGAGAGAUGGAGGGGGAGGCAGAGGUUGGUUGGCAUUUGGAAAGAAACAAAUCAGGAGAAGCAGCCUGAUGGAAAGCACUGCUGAGACCAGACAAAGGAGUUUUUCUCUUGUCUCAGGAUGACCGUCACGUAUUCCAGUAAAGUCGCGAACGCCUCCUUCUUCGGUUUCCACCAGUUGCUGCUGCGCUGGAGAGGAAGUAUCUAUAAGCUGCUGUACCGAGAGUUCAUCCUGUUCGCUCUGCUGUACACCGUGCUGAGCGUCGUAUACAGGCUCGUCCUCUCUGAAGAUCAGAAGAGAUUGUUUGAGAAACUUUCCAUGUACUGCGAUAAAUACGCAGAGCAGAUCCCCGUCACCUUCGUUCUAGGUUUUUACGUGACUCUGGUGGUGAAUCGAUGGUGGAAUCAGUUUGUUAACCUGCCCUGGCCCGACAGGCUGAUGUUCCUCAUCUCCAGCUGUGUUCAGGGUAAAGAUGAAUAUGGCCGCCUCCUGCGACGGACGCUUGUACGUUACGUUAACCUGACAUCGCUGCUCAUCUUCCGCUCAGUCAGCACCGCUGUCUGCAAACGCUUCCCGACCAUGGACCACGUGGUCGAGGCAGGUUUCAUGACUCCAGAGGAGAGGAAAGUGUUUGAGAACGUUCGUUCUCCUCAUCUGAAGUACUGGAUUCCUGUUGUCUGGUUCACCAACUUGGCGUCUAAAGCUCGACAGGAAGGACGCAUACAGGACAGCAUCGUCUUGCAGAACAUUCUCAAUGAGAUGAACAUGUUCAGGACUUGGUGCGCGACUCUUUUUGGCUACGACUGGGUCGGCAUCCCACUGGUUUACACGCAGGUUGUCACUCUUGCUGUGUACACCUUCUUCUUUGCUUGUCUGAUUGGUCGUCAGUUCCUUGACCCCGCCCAGGGUCACCCAGGCCACGACCUCGACCUGUACGUCCCCAUUUUCACCCUGCUGCAGUUUUUCUUCUACUCCGGCUGGCUGAAGGUAGCGGAGCAGCUGAUCAACCCGUUCGGAGAGGAUGAUGAUGACUUUGAAGCUAAUUGGAUCAUUGACAGGAACCUACAGGUGUCUCUGCUGGCUGUCGAUGAGAUGCACAUGAACUUGCCUCACAUGACCAAAGACAUGUACUGGAACGACAGCGAGGCGCGCCCGCCGUACACGCUGGCUGCCGCCGACUACUGCAUUCCUUCAUUCCUCGGCUCCACCACCGACAUGGGACUAUCAGACAUCCUGCAAUUUGAUGAUGCUGACGUUAGUGACAGUCGUCCACGGCAACAGGAUCCUAUUUUGGCUUGGCGCCAAGAGUCGGUUCUGGGUCGAGUUCGCCGGCUGCUGAGCGUUCAGGAACCUCCUGACCUCCGACCUCCUAGACCCAUCUUCAAACGACACAGCAGUGAUGCAACAGGAAGCUUCUUCCCAGACUUCAGGGUUCAUCCAAGUCCAGAGGAUACAGCUCCACCCUCGUCCAUGCACCCCAUAGCCAUGGACACUCUGUCCACCUUAAGGGAGGUCAGCAGUAACCCUCCAUCCCCUGAAAGCUCGCCCACUGCUGUUUUCCCCCGGUUCGUUGUCAGCCCGCCGUUGUCCGGUGACGCCUGUCAGGACAUGGAUGCUUCUGGCAAUGGUGAAGCAGCAAAACCUCAGAAUGGAGUCGAUCCCUCCCCAACUGAGGAGACACAGGGUUUGGACACCCGGAGGACCAGCUCCUGUUGUUCCCCCACCCAGCUGGGGCCAAAGGCUUUCCGCUGGAUAAGUAAUGUCCAGAAUCACCCACCAACCCGGUUACGUGGGCGCCAAUUCUCCCUUCAGUUCUCCAGGCAGACGUCCAAAGGGUCAGUCCGCAGCCUACCGAGCCCUAAAGCUCUGGGAAAGCGAAGACGAUGCCUGCCUCAUUUCCAAUCCCGGCGAUCACCCGGUCCAUCUGCAGACACACUCCAGCUCCCUGACACCGAGUAUGACCAGGACUUCCAAGGAACGGCAGGGGCUGAGGACGACAGCAUGGAUGGAGCCAACAACAACGAAGAGGCCAAACCCCCAAAGUCCCAACCUCCAAAAAAAAUAUGAGAACCGCUCACAGUAAAAACUGCCAAGAAGCGCCAAGAGCCGAUCUCCGAGCUGGUAAUGGCAGCAAGAGAAGUCACAACUUUGACUUUGAGGAAAGUUGAUUUGAACCAACCAAAGGUCUCUUUUGAAGCCGCAUCGGCAGCUUUGUCAGGAGGGAUAAACCUGAACCCUAACCCUGAGAUGGUGGUAAACCAAAGAUCACGAAAAGAUAGAAAAGAAUCCUGAUCAACUUAUAUGGCAAAAAAACAAAAAAUGGACAACGUGGGAAGAAAGUAGUAAGAGCAAGCAACAACCAUGACGGCUGAGCGUGACAUGCUGAAAGAAAAUGCCUUUUUUAAGCCUUACGCACAUUAGAAGAAGUGAAAACAGCCAUCAAGAGCUGAACCUGUUGUGGAAAAACGUGUUGACUUUGUAUUGGUAAAGUUUCUUUUUCCACUCACUUCAAUGCAGUCAACAUAUUCUUCAGUGCCCUGUAGUGGCCAUUCGAACAUAACUGCAACUAAACACUCGACUGUGGUGACUGCUGAUUAGAUAAAGUACUCAGGACUACUGACUGGACUCUAAAGGUUUCAAGAUGAAACUCUGGUGUCGAAUCUUGUGUCUUCAUGUGAUGACAUGUUAAUGUAACUGUAACUAAUGUAUCUGCUGCUGCUGAAUCACCAAAAAGUGUACUUUUUAAAGAAAUAAAAUAUUGUGAUGAGUGUCCAAAAAUGAAGAAAUGGCGUCACCAUACUCAACAGUCAUUGAUGGUUGAUUGAUUGAUUGAUUAAUCAA